GAAUGCAUUUUCUCGCUUCCUCUUUACCCUGUCCAAGGCAAUUGCACCAGUUCCAACCUCAUCGAAAACAUUAUAAUCCGCACAGUCGUAGUACCGUAUACGACUGCCGCAUUGUAUCAACUUCUCCCCGACCUAAACCCAGAGCCCUUUACUCGUCCAUCAGCGCUUUGCCAUCCGUUUGACACCCGGAGCCUCAUUCCUGUCGUUGCCUUGCGUUGUGAACCUCGCUCCCGUGUGUAUUACAUUGGCCCUCUACCUUUCCCGGUCCAUCGUGAGUUUGUUUCUUACCCGGAUCCUGCCCCACAUCGCUCAAUUCAACCUCUCUUUCGCUGGUCUGUCACAUCACAGCGCAUAGACUUCUUUCGCAGAUACAUCACUACCCACCGUUGCAACACCAGCCAAACUAAAUCUUAGGUUAUCUUCUCGUUCAUGAUUGUGAGGAUGGACCCCCCUACUCCCGCUUUGACACCCGGCACAACUUCUCCGGCACCAGCGGUCCCUGCAUCAAACCAAGCCUACUUUCCACGAAAUCGGUCUCUCGUCUCGGUUAGAUCUCUCUUAACCCUUUCUGUCUGUACAGUAGCCAGUGAAAGCUCCUGCACACCUGUUGCUCGUUGUCCACACUGUCUUGAAGCUAUCAAACUUGCAGAUAUCGAGAAUUCCGGUUGGCCGGUAUCGCCGGAUGGCCAGAACAAAAAUGACGAUGCCGAGUGCUCCCCGAUGGACACUACCGAGCGGCACCCGCUUGGGGGCGGAUCCCGCCUGGCUUCUGCUACUAGAGCACUUCUGGAGACUAUCCGAGAAACGGAUAGGGAUUUAAAGAGAAUUUGCCAAGACUUGCACCAGAUCCAUCUUAUGAAUCCAACCCCCGCUUCAUCUCGCACUCCUUCGGCUCAAUCUCUCGUUGCCCUUGCUCAGGAGCAGGCAAACAGACCCCCGGAGAACAUUCCCCCCCACCCCAAAAAUGGGCUUAUGCCUCCCGGUCACCAGAAUGAAAUUGCUUCUCCCAUCCGACCGGCCAGCAAUCCAAGCUCUUCCCCGGAACUCCAAUUCAAGCCUGCCGCCGUAGGAUUCCAGUCCGGGCACCCCCUUAUUAGAGACUUCGGCGACCUGGAGAACUUAUCCCAGGCAAAUAUUCGCCUUCUCAAAACCCUCCAAGAUAGAGUCAACAAGGUCGACGCGGUGGAGAAACUGCUGAAAACUGAACGUGAAACUUUGGACAGAGAGCGGGAGAAUAUCAUGCAAAUGGGGGCCGAAAUCGAUAGGGAGAGGUUGCGCCUUAUGGACAGAGGCCUUUGUUGGGGGAGUUGUGGGGUAUGCAUAGCCCGGAAAUUUCGUUGCCUAACCGGCGAUAGCUCUUGGAUUGAUUUUGACGUGUGUGGAUCAGGCCCAACCAUCAGUUGCCAUGUCCAGGGAUGACUCUACCGAUACCGCGGCCGACGAAUGGUUGAAGGGGGAAGAUGGUGAUGCGGCUGUCUAUGAAGAAUGGUCUGAAGAAAAGGAACAACAGAUGCUAAUACUUGAGGAAAGGCUCAGAAAGGCUCAGUUAGGAUGGAGCGAUGAACAAGAAGAAAUACUGGGACCGGUGAGUUGGCCAGGUUUAUUUUUUUUAUUUGCAGCCUUUGCUCCCCCGCUUCUCCACCUCGGUUGGCUCCCGCUUCUAGGAUUGCUCCUGGGCACAAUUCACGAUAUCAAAUACAAGUUUUUCCGCUAUCUCAGCCACGCUGUUCUCGGUGCUUUGCUUUCGACAGUUCUAAUUGGCUGUUUGCAGUUGGAGAAGCUCCGGGAGGAGAAACGACGGGGGGCAAAGGCGAGAAGGCUCCAGCGCCAGACGUCAAUAAAAUUCGAUCGCAUUGUGUGUCCUCUCCGCUCCUGAGUGUGAUGUACUGUGAGAUUGACUGACUGUUAUUGGCGCAGAGGUCUUCCGAUGAUAAAACGGAGAAAGGGUCCUCUCGCAAGGUUUGUUAUGCCAUCUUAGUGUUCCGAGCUCGAAUAGGGGUCUAAAUCUAUUUCUAUAGAAAUCUGUAGAUCGAACCCGCAGUCCCACGGGCAGCUCUACACGACAUUCUAAGAACCCCUUUACAAAUCUUGUGAGGAAAGGGUCUGUUGGCUCCGUUAUCCCUCGAAGGGUAGGAUCUAUCCAUUUCGGUUGGGCUUGUGGGUAUAUGGCUAAGAAUAAUUCUCUUUAGAAUUCGAGUGCAAGUACUGCCACCACGACACCAAGGCUGUUCAAAAAAUGGUUUUAAACAUAUCCAUUGCAAUCCACCCCUAUCCGCAUAAGACGAAGGUGUAAGGAUACUACCGGUACGGAGCGCAGAUCCAACGCUGAUUCCUAUAUUUUUUCUAAUCACGAGUCUUCGGGUAUUCUCUUUUCCAUCUGGGCUUGGCUAGAGCGUUUGAAUUUUGUCUGUUUUAGGACCGAAAUGGUCUACGAUUUAUUUGAUCACUUUGAAUCUUUUUCGGUGCAACGGGGGAGCUUAGAGAUUUCCCAUCGCCCGUAUUGAUUUCAGACACGAUGUGAUAUUUCUUAUUUACUCUACGUGACCUUUUGUUUUGCCCGUUUUCCUCACAAUAUCAUAUGCAUGGCACUUUAACUGGAUUCCAUGGAUCAUGAUCUUUUUGCGAACCGAUUCGAUACCCAUCUCACUUUUUCCAAAUAUAUUUGUUGGGCCCCAUUUGUGCUCGCCCUCUGGUGGGUCCUGACUUGGUUCAUUGGCGGUAUUUUCCUUCUUACUUCUCCUGGGGCCUCUGGGCGGGAGUGUUGCGGGGAUUGAAAUUUUCUUUCUGGGAAAAACCAAGAGCAUUUAAAAGUUAGGGUUAUCUUUCUUUCUUGGGUAAUGUGUUAUCUAAGUAUCAUAGCUGUUCUAGACCGCACGCGUAAUUCUUCCGGCGCACAUGUAUUGCACGGGGUUUCCCGCCCGGAGCACAGUACCAAACGCGGCUUCCAGGGGGUAUAAGCAUUGGGAUGUCGAGAUUGUACAGGAUAUUGAGUCUUCACUACUCCUCUACCUAGAAGCAAAAGC